AUGCAACACGGUAUUAAAAGAGAAAAAAUAACUGAAGUGGCUAAGAAAGCCAAAGCAGAAAGGGACAAGACAAAAAUCGAAAACUAUCGAAAUUUAACCAUUGAUAUUUUACAAGAAAAGGAUAACAAGAUCUACACAAAAGAUACCUUAAAUAAAACAACAACUGUGUUAUUGUUGAAUCCAGAGUUUUAUACUGUAUGGAAUUAUCGUCGUGAAAUUUUGUUAGAUCUUUUCUCUAAGAAUAUUCUUAAGAAAAAGGAAGCUUUAGAGGACGAUCUUAAAAUUGUAAUGUCCCAAUUGAAGAGAUUGCCCAAAUGUUAUUGGGUAUGGAACCAUCGUAUAUGGUGCUUGAAUCAGUUACAAACUACGAAUGAAGCAAAUUGGGAUGUUGAAUUAGCUAUCGUUUCAAAGUUACUCGAAAUGGAUAGCAGAAACUUUCACGGAUGGCAAUACAGAAGAUUUUUAGUAGAAAAUAUACAGAAAAAAUCUGCAAGGGAGUAUAAUACUCAACCUAAUUUAGAACAAUUGGCCCAGUUAAAAAUAAAUAUCAAAGAGUUCGAAUAUACUACCUCAAAAAUCAAUAAGAAUAUAUCUAAUUUUUCAGCUUGGCAUAAUCGUACAAAGCUUAUUCCUAAAAUAUAUUCGGGUCUCAAGGAGUUAGAUAAUAAGGAGGAAUUUUCUGAUGUAAGUCAUUUAUUUCAAUCACCAUAUAGUAUUAUGGUUCAUGAUCUAGAAUUGAUCAAAACCGGUAUGUAUAUGGAUCCAGAAGAUACUUCUGUAUGGCUUUAUUUAUAUUGGCUAAUUACGGAUAAGUUUUUUGUGGAUGAUUUACGAAACUCUACGAAUGAAAAGGCGAGCUACAAAGAUAUUCUUCAUGAACAAUUAAAAUUAAUCGAAGAAUUGAAUGAAUUGGAGAAAGACGAUAAUGUUCAAGGAUUGGAUAAUUGCUGGUGUUUAAAGAGUAUUAUUUCAAUUAAGGGCUUGAUUAAAAGAGAAGAAGCAGGUGGUUCCAUUUCGAGGGGUACGCUUUUGGAUGAGGAUACAAGGAUUCUCAUUAAUAAAUUAAUAGAAAUUGAUCCUCUCAGAAAAGGUAGAUAUUUGGAUCAAUUAAAAGGUGUUUCAUCUAUUAUAUCUGUUGCGUGA